CUGGUUUUGCUGGUAGUGUCAGGUAGUGUCACGUAUCUUCAUUUUAUAGUACGCAGUUAAAAACGGUUCAGUUGGGUUUGACGGGUUUUUUCUUUCGUCGAAAUGCGGAUAACUCGAAAAUGUUCAACAUGAACUGCCGCGACCGUUCUUGAGCAUUUUCAAAGGGAGUUGCGUUUUUACAAUAAGGUUAGGGAUACCACUCGCGCAGAGAUGGCGGAAAAGGCAAUCAUGAAGCAAAUAGCUGAGCAGAAGCUCAAGGCAUUUUCUAUCGGUACAAUGGGGAAGAGGCCACUCAGUAAAAAGGAACUCGAGGAGCAACGGAAAAAGGAGCAAGAACAAGCUGCAGCUCAGGCCUUUGAAGAAUUUGUGGCGACGUUUCAAGAGACACCUAAUAAAACAACCAGUAAAGUCUGGGUUAAAGCUGGCACUUAUGAUGCCGGUAAAAGACAAGAAGAUACAAGAGAAAAAGGAAAACUUUACAAGCCUCAGUCGAAGAUCUCUGAGCUCGUCGAUAGUAGAUCAUCGGCGGAACAGGCACAAGAGUAUGCCAGACUUCUUGGAUCGAAUGAAAGAAAGUUGGACAGGCUUGGGAAAAAGAAGAAAGAAGGUGAAAAGAAAAAGAGCAAUCUUGAACUAUUUAAAGAAGAACUAAAGAUGAUACAAGAAGAACGGGAGGAAAGGCACAAAUAUAAAGGUGUUGUGAAAACUGUCAUAUCGGCGCAAUCGGAGGAUCCAAUGCUGGCAGCCUUGAAAUGUGUCGAAGAUGGUUCCUUUGACAACGGUGAUCCUAAUACUACAAAUCUCUAUCUGGGAAAUUUAAACCCAAAGAUUACCGAGCAGCAAUUGAUGGAGAUAUUUGGGAAAUAUGGACCCUUGGCAAGUAUAAAAAUCAUGUGGCCACGCAGCGACGAAGAGAAAGCUCGUCAGCGGAAUUGUGGUUUCGUCGCAUUCAUGAGCCGCAAGGAUGGAGAACGGGCACUAAAAAACUUGAAUGGUCGAGACAUAAUGCAGUACGAGAUGAAAUUAGGCUGGGGUAAAAGCGUGCCGAUACCACCGUACCCAAUUUAUAUACCACCUGCUCUGAUGGAGAUCACGCAACCACCACCACCCUCUGGUCUUCCCUUCAAUGCUCAGCCUCACCGACGUGACAGACACAAGAUACCACGUAUCCGCAACCUGCAGAGCGCGGACCCCCAGGAAAAGGAAAGCUUUGAAAAGAUUCUGCAGAAUGCAGUUGUCAAAGUGGUUAUUCCGACGGAAAGGAACUUAGUCAUGUUGAUACAUAGAAUGGUGGAAUUUGUCAUUCGGGAAGGUCCGAUGUUCGAGGCCAUGAUCAUGAAUCGAGAGCUCAAUAAUCCAAUGUUUAGAUUUUUGUUUGAAAAUUAUUCACCGGCGCAUACGUAUUAUCGGUGGAAGCUGUUUUCCAUCCUGCAAGGAGAUGGUCAGAAGGAUUGGAGGACGGAAGACUUCAGGAUGUUCAAAGGAGGCAGCGUAUGGAGGCCCCCACCUAUUAAUCCGUGGACUCAGGGCAUGCCGGAGGAGUUAAUAGAGCUGGAGGAGAGACAGGAGCCUCGGAGGGGUAGUCUAUCGAACAGCUCUGAGAAAAAAAUUAUUCGUUCCAGCCAAAGAGACCGACUGGAAGAUCUGCUGCGUAACAUCUCUCCGGAACGCAUCAAAGUUGCAGAGGCGAUGGUCUUCUGCAUAGAACACGCAGAGGCUGCCGAAGAGAUUUGCGAUUGCAUUACGGAAUCGCUCUCCAUAUUACAGACUCCGGUUAAUAAGAAGGUCGCGAGACUUUAUCUCAUAUCCGACAUACUGCACAAUUGUGGGGUGAAGGUGACGAAUGCCACGAUUUAUAGGAAGGCAUUCGAGUCGAGACUACUGGACAUCUUCAACGAGGUCCAUCAGGCUUACAAACAAUUCGAUAGCAGACUAAAAGCUGAAGGAUUCAAAGUCAGGGUCAUGAGGAUGUUCAGAGCCUGGGAAGACUGGGCGGUGUAUCCCAAAGAUUUCCUGGUCAAGCUGCAAAAUACAUUUCUCGGGCUUGUCUUGAUGGACGAGCCUGAACCAGAAAACGACGAGGACAUCGACGGAGCUCCUCUGUCAGAUGCUGACGGAGAUGUUAACGAAGAUUUGGAUGGAGUGCCAUUGGACGGGGCGGCUUUGCUUAAAGGAGCCAUGAAACUUGGCCUGACUCCACAGGCUGCUUCUAAUUAUGACGAUAUCGACGGUGUGCCAAUGGACGAGGACAUCGACGGGGUGCCAAUGGACGAAGAAGACAACGUACAAUUAAGAACCAAGGAAGAGAAGAAGUCGAUCAUGCCUGCCGGGUUUGUGCCCUCCAGAUGGGAGACCAUCGAUCCCGAUCAGGUCGAAGCACAAGCUAUGACCACGAGCAAGUGGGAGGAAUUGGGUCAGAAUGACGACUCGAACUCGCAGGACGCCAGCAUGGACUCCAGCAGCAGGGAUUACAACGAGGAAAGGCGCAAUCGUUUGCGAGAAAUCGAGGUGAAGACCAUGCAAUAUCAGGAUGAACUUGAGAGCGGAAGGAGAACCCUGAAGGCUGGGAUGACGAUCAUGAGUCAGGUCGAACACUAUCGCAAGAAGCUCAUAAGAAAGCACGUUCCGCAGACCGAAAAGGAGAUGAAGGACUCGCGAAUCGAGGAUAGAGACGACGAGAGACGCAGGGAAAAAAGACGCAGCACGACGCCGGAUUCACCAGCUCAUCACAGGGACCGAAGACGAACGUCUCCGAGCUCGCCGACGAAGAGUAGCAGCAGUCGAUACAGGUCUCGCAGUAGAUCUCCUCGGGGUAAACGCAGGUCCAGGUCGCCGUAUAAGAAGCGCGCUCCGGUCACCCCUUCACCCCCCAGGAUACGACGCUCCCCUUCGCCGACGUUUUCUUCCUCGCGAGUUUCUCGACGAUCCCCGGUGGCUGAUCGAGUCGACCGGAAAAGAAGAGGGAGGUCGCCAUCUCUCUCUCCUCCACCUCCUCCGAGGACCUCCGCAAAGCACAGGGCUAACAGUCCACUUUCUCCUCCGAGGAAACAUCGCCACAAGCAUAAAUACUGAAUUAAAAGAUCAGAGUUCCGAAUCGAGAUCGAUGUUCAUCGAUUCGCUACUUCAAUUAGCACUUUGCCCGAUGAACGGCUGUUCGGAGUGGCGAUCGAUUAUCCUUUACUCGCGACUGUUCAUGUGUGUACAGGGUGGAAGCACCAGUAAAUAAACAGAAUGUCGGAACCGUAAUUACAAGGUAUCUCUUAAUGUAACGACCGUUUGAUUACUUGUAUGAGCGUUUAUAACAAGAAAUUUCGUGAGUGUUCAUUUAUUGGUGCACUUACUCUACGCCCUCGAGUUGUGUGUACACGUAAUUGUUACGUGACGAUUGCGAACUAUUUUGUGACUUGCGGUAGAGAUUGUUUUGCGAUGCAUUGCGGGAAUUACUCUGGCUCAUUCUUCUUCCUUUCUCGUUUGUGUGAGAGCCUCGGUGAUACCUGCAAUGCAUUUCACCGAACUCUUUAAAGGAGACAAAUAAACGGGUCGAAAGGGGCGAGCUUGGAGUUCGAGAGGACUGAAAAGACUUUACGAGCAAUACUAAGCUUCUCCUUGAACGAUCGCAUUUAACAAUUCA